CACCGCCCAGCAAGCUUCUCUCGAUGGAGUUCGCUAGCUGGAGACCGAAAGCUCGCAAUGAACCGCUACUAAAAGUGUUAAUUUUGCAAUCGUUUUCAAUGAAUUUUGACCUUGAACACACAUACGAUGAUUGUUGUUAGCCGUGUCGUCCACAGCAUGAUUUUAGACGAUUAGAUAGUGGUAAAUUAGUGGCCCUUUGUAUGGAUCAAAUCUCGUCCGCCGCUGCUUCGAUCGUGGGAUACACAUCCGGGAAAUUUGUGACUUUCCCAAAAUGGCGGCUUCGGAAGGGGGUGGAAGGGACGAAGUCAAAACCCAGUUUGGGACUCGCGAGGGCACAUAUAAACUGAUGACGCUGUCCGAAUAUUCCUGGCCGUCAAGAGCUCCAUACAACGUCCAGUGCUGCCAUCCCGUCAGGGUGUCAUUUACCAGCGUGGAAGAUGGAUCCGGUUGUAAUGACAAGAUCUGUUUCAAUGUGGGCCGAGAACUGUAUUUUUACCCGUACAAAGGUGUGCGGAAGGCUGCCGAUCUGACCAAACCUCUGGACAAGAGGACAUACAAGGGCGGCACCCUGCCUACCUGCCACGCCAUCAACCAGUUCACGGCCAGUGCCCAGAGCAUCUCCCUGUUGGUAGGCUUCUCUGCCGGUCAGGUGCAGCUCAUCGACCCCAUCCGUAAGGACAUCAGUAAGAUCUACAAUGAGGAGAGGCUGAUCGACAAGACCAAGGUAACCUGCCUGUCCUGGGUACCGGGGACGGAGCACAUGUUCCUGGCCGCCCACACGAGUGGCCAGAUGUACUUGUACAAUGAAGGGCUUCCCCCAUCAAACACGCCCCCCCAUUACCAGCUCCUCAAGCAAGGAGACAGCUAUCAAAUCCACACCUGCAAGAGCAAGUCCUCGCGCAACCCUGUCUUUAGAUGGGUCCUGGGAGAUGGUGCCCUUAACGAGUUUGCCUUCUCCUCAAAGGCCAAGAACAUUGCGUGUGUGUCACAAGACGGAUUCUUGAGAGUCUUUGAUUACGACACAAUGGACCUGCUUGGCACGAUGAAGAGCUACUUCGGUGGACUGUCUUGUGUGUGUUGGAGCCCAGAUGAUAAGUAUAUUGUUGUGGGCGGGGAGGACGAUCUGGUGACAGUGUGGUCGUUUCUUGAUAGGAAAGUUGUGGCCCGUGGUCAUGGCCAUGGGUCGUGGGUCAGUGUGGUCAACUUUGACCCUUUCACCACCACGGUGCUGCCGAACGAUGAGGCAUUCUGUGGAAGCGACGAUGAUCUUAACGGAAUGAACAGCCGGGAACGGACUUACAGCAGCCACUCCCGGACCUCAGUCAUCAGCAGUGGGGAGAACAGUCUCCCGGAGGUGUCGUACCGCUUCGGAUCAGUCGGGCAGGACACCAACCUCUGUCUGUGGGAGUUCACCGAGGACACGCUGCGCAUGUUCCAGCCCCCGAAUCGGGUACGGACCAACACUGCACUGUCAGUGGGACAGACGUCCAUGUCGCAGUCCAACAACAUCGCCUCCCACAAGCCCGUGGGGAAUGCCACCGGCCACCCGGACACCGGCAGCAUCAGCAGCAAGUUCUCCAACCUCUCGCUGUCGGACAAGCACAAGGACAAGCACAAGAAGGAUAGCGUGAGCAGCAAGAGCAGCAUCCACUCCCACAGCAGCAAGGUGCACCUGCGGCUGCUGGAGGAGGCCUACCGCGUGGGCACCAGCGCCUGCCCCCGGCUGGAUGAGGUACUGAUGCUGGAACCCCUCGUGGCCAAGAAGAUUGCCCAGGAGAGGCUGACUGCCUUGAUCUUCAGGGAGGACUGUAUAGUGACAGCAUGCCAGGAGGGCUUUGUCAGUACAUGGGCAAGGCCAGGGAAAGUGGGAGUUCAUUCAGCGAAGGGUGGGACCGUUGUAUGAAGCAACCAGAUAAUUCACUUAUCUGGGGGAGAGACCAAACAUACUAGCCCAUCGACUAGUGGCUGACAGCCUCAGCGAUGAUUGGGACAUAAGACACGACUCAGCAUAUACAGCCGCUGCCGGGGGGGGGAGCAACGGAGACCAUAGCCUGUAAAGUCGCUGCACAUGCGUGGAAGGGUUUUUGUGCAGACACUGAACGGUAGCACCCGGGUGGUAAACUACUCUCAGUAUUAAUGCGGAAUACAUGUACGUGUUCCUACGUCUGGGCUUGCGUUUGUGCAAAUGUUCCAAUCCAUCCAUUUCAGUGACCUGCGCCAGUUUUGAGGCAGACAUUUACAGCAGAGAGAACGUCUGCCAGAGGUGCUGGGCAGAAUUUUUUUUUCCCAAAACAAAGAAACAAAAAGCCAGGCUGAUUAAUUUGUAUGUAUGUACUCGGACCCGUGGUUUCAGAUGGUCACUGAAGCUAAGGAUGAAAAGUAAAUGAACAAACAACCACUGCUCCGAACAACCCACGAUGACACCACCACUUUAACCACACCUUUUACUUCAGCUUUUCUGCCUUGAUGUCCAUUGCAGAUUUCCGUUUGUGAACGUUUGUGUAACUCCAGCAAAAGGUUAUAUCUUAUAAAGGGACUGUGUCGUCUCUACAAACAUUAGUCAAAACCACUUUUGUUUAUAGGCCUAUGUAAAAAAAAAAUGGAGAGAGAAUUUUCUGGAGUAGAACAGAAGAGUAAAUUAUGAGAUUUGAAUAUUCAUGGAUCUUGAUACGGUUAUAUGACCUGUGGCCAUGCCAUGAACAGUAUAUUAAUUUUCUGCUAAGUGUGAUGACAGAUUUUACAAGUCCUGUCAUGGGGAGUCUACUCCAUAUUUCAUCAAAGGUGUACAUUGUAUGUUACCCACAUUUGUCAUCUAGGGAAAAAAUGAACCGUACCUUUAAGUGGCUUUUACUGUAUUUAGUAACCCAAAACUGACAAUAUAGCACUUAGCAAAGUUAUCACACACUCUGCCAUCAUCAAAUGAGAGUCAAGUGGCUGUGACCUUCUUGUGGGUCUAAAUUUCGUCCGGAUUUCUACGAUCUCCAGUUUGUUAGUUCAGCACAGUUAGACGCCACCGAGAGGACUCCACAUGUACUCCAGUUCCACACUGAAUGGCAGAAAUCUCCUGUCAGAUCCUGCCUUUAGCAGCUCCGCCCAGAGUGCAUGGAAGCCGGAUGUGCCCAGUGAAGCUUAGAAUGAAAGGCUGAGAGGUUUAUGGUUUGUAGUGUACCCGUAUACAUCCCACUGAAUGCUAUUUCAGGCAGGGCCUUUACUGUUCACAUGAUCUGCUGUCAACACUUUAGUUUGAAACUGUACAUUGCCACAUUGACAAGAUAUCCAGUGUGAUAUGCAUUAAAGAUCCCCCACGUGAUGCAGAAGCUGUGUACACCAGGCUAAUCUACUUACUGCAUUCUCAAUAAACAUCUGAAAAGAAAAAGGGUGCCCCUUUGCCACAUGUUGUCAUGCAUGCUUUGACAUGCUGGCCCUCUGGAGUUCACACCUGGGUUUUACGUGGGAUUUGAAUGGUGUCCAGAUACGCUUAACAAUUAGAAAUGGGGGUAUCCAAACUGUUGAAUGCUGUGAUUGUCUGUCGCGGCGCAUUGUGCACGGCAAACUAGAGUGUGGUCUCUGCUGGUUGGUGUCAGUCGGAGCACCGCACAAGAUGGUUCAAAGCCUCUGAUUCAGGAUCGGAUGCUUGCCUGUUCGCUAGGAUUUCUUUUCAGGAAUAAAAAAAGGACGUAAAGAGACAACAAAAAAAGGAAUUAUGUUCAUGGCAAUAACGUGGCAUUCAUUAGUAUGUUAAUGUGCAAAAUUUAUAUACCUGUAUAAAUGUGAAUUCAUGAAUUUUAUAUAUUGGUGUGAUAUCAAAGAUGUAGAAAAUUCUUUUAUGUUUUAGUUGGCAAAAGACUCAUGUAGAAAGGUUUUGUGUUAAUUAUUUCUGCCUGAUUAAAAUAAUCUAACAGUGCCUGUGAUUGUUUCUUUAAAUGACACCAUUAAGCAGAUGAUACUGGUAGUUGUGAAUGUAUUUUAAGAUUUCUGUUAAUUGAAUGGAAUCUUUUGAUUGUAAAGGUUUUGUUUUUUCAGCGCUGCAAAUUAUCAUUUGCUGUGAUACAGUCGAAUAUUGUUUUACACUGCACGGCCAUCGCUCACAAACAAAACAGUUGGCUUUGUUUUGCAAACAAUCGUGAAUCCCACAGAAUGAUCCACAUAGCCUUUUAUGAUCAUUAAUUUUUAUACAUGCCCGAGAAAGAGAAUGGUCGCCCUUUAUUGGAAAGCAUCACUCAGUGGUGUAGGAUGUUGGCAUUAUGCGGACGAAAUCAUCCAGGGUUCCUGUUGAAUUCAAUUGUGCGUCAUUUGCAAGCUUGUCAAGCCAAACAUGAUCUGGAGUCUUUUUUUCUCUCUUUGGGUAGGGUCACAUUUCUAUUUGGACUCGUUGUACAUGUACAUAUAAUACACCUCAGUAAUAUCGUUUUUUCUUGGUCUUUGGACAAUGUUUCCUCACAGCUCAGCUCUUCAUCUUCGAUACCUUUCCAGUUACUUUUGCUUUACGUAUUUUUUGUGACCAUUAUGCAGAAAUGAUUGCAUUGCUUUGGCAAAAUCAGUAGUUGUUUGAAUCAAAAGCAUAGUAACUGAUGCAAGAAAUGCCAAAAAUAGUAAAAAGAGUUACACUUUA